AUGACUAACAUUAAAAUCAAACACGCAGGUAAAGUUUAUGAUUUGGCCGUUGAUCCAGAAGAGAGUGGCCUUACUUUAAAGUUGCAGGUCUCAUCGCUUACGAACGUGCCUCCGGAUAGACAGAAGAUUUUAGCAAAGGGAGGUCCAUUGAAGGAUGAUGCGAUCCUGGGGUCCAUGUUUAAAGAAGGACAGACAGUCAUGAUGCUAGGCACUCCCCUUGAGGAAGUUAUCAAAGCCGACGAUGUUAAUGUCAAGUUUAUUGAGGACGGCGAUUCUACUGGAUUGGUGAACCCAAAUUUGCUUAACUUGCCAUCGGGACUAAUCAAUUUGGGGAACACGUGUUACUUGAACUCCAGUAUUCAGGUAUUGUACACGGUUGAUGAGCUAAAGAGAGAUUUACAGAAUUUCCAUGAGAAUGAUCCCGCCUUGAUUAAAAACAUGAAAGAAUUAUUCGAAAAGUUGAAGAACAGUAAUGGUAAGGAAGUUACACCGCUUAAUUUUCUGGCCAGUGUAAGAAACACAUUUCCACAAUUUCAAGAGCGUUCUAGAGAAGGGUUUUACAAACAACAAGAUGCAGAGGAGGCGUACUCUCAAAUUCUGAAUGCAGUGAUCUCUAAAUUUCCAGAUCUAGAGAAGUACAUGAAGGUUGAAAUGAAAAGUGAAACAAAGUGCCUUGAAAGUGGAGGACAAGAUGACGUUAAAUAUGAUUUUGAGGAUUCACUCAAGUUGAGUUGCCAUAUUAAUAAUAGUACCAACUUUAUGAUUGACGGUUUGAAAAAUGGGCUCAAGGAAACUAUUGAAAAGAACAACGAAAGCCUAGGUAGAAACGCACAAUAUGAAAUCCAACGUAAAAUUACGAAGCUUCCUAAAUAUUUAACCGUUCACUUUGUCCGUUUCUUUUGGAAAAGAGAGACAGGUAAAAAGGCCAAAAUUAUGCGAAAGGUUCAAUUUCCAUUUCAACUUGAUGUUAUGGAGCUAGUCGAUGAACAAAAACGUGAGGGCCUAAUCAAGGCUAGAGAUGAGAUCUCUAAACUGGAGAAAACUUUUGAUGAAGAGUUUAGGCAAAUCAAGAAAGCCAAGCUAACUUCGGAAUUAACCAGCAGGGAGCAAUAUGAGUCCCAAAUGAAGGAAAUGAAGAGCAUCAAAGAAAAACGCCAAGAACAGUUCCAGGAUCUCUUCAAGACACUGGAUGUCUCUGAAGGUGAGAAUGCGUCUAGUUUGUAUGAUUUACAAGGUAUCAUUGCACAUCAAGGUGCAAGUGCGGAUUCCGGACAUUACCAAGCCUUUGUUCGUGAUCCAAACGACGUUAGCGGCGAGAAAUGGUACAAGUUCAACGACGAUAAAGUUACAGUGAUUGACAGGGAGAAGAUCAUGUCCUUGGCAGGCGGUAGUGAAGGUGAUUCUGCAUUGAUCUUAAUAUAUAAGGGAGUCGGUAUGUAG